AUGAGCGUUUCGCUAUGGAAAGUGUCCAGCAAUAUCGUUCCUCUUACAGUUAUUAAAGGCGCCGGCCACGAGUUCAUCCCCCUCCCUCAGGGCGAGAACGCAACUACUGCCGACUUCCACUCUAUCCGAACCAACACUGAAUCCCCUGCACACUUCACUUCGGGAUUCUAUAAGAUCGAGGCUGGACCUGAAAGACCCGCGAGCUACAAUUUUGAGGAGACAAAAUAUGUCCUCAAUGGUCAGAUCGAUGUUUUGGAUGAGGCUACCGGGAUCACCCACCACCUAGUCCCGGGAGAUUUCGCUUUUUUCCAUGUUGGAUCUAAAGUCAAGGGUUUGCCUUCUACGCCGUUACUCGACCCAUUCGAUCCCCCCCACCCUAAUCUUGAAGGUCGGGAGGAAGGCAAGGCUAAGCUAUAG